GCCAAAGGAGCAAAGAUGAUGAGACUGUAUGUAGACAAUGCAUCUCCGGAGGGGCUAAAGGGACUGUGUGUGUUCUUUGUGCGCUGUCGCACUGAUGUUCCUCUCAAUGCUAAGAAUAUUCAAGAGGACGUGCUCUUUACGGUUUUGGACGCAAGGAAAGGGCUCCUGAAAGGGAUUAGAAGCAUGCUGGCCAACAUCUUCCUCCCUGCCAUUCUUGCCACGAGUAACUGGGGUGCUCUAAACCAAUCCAAGCAAGGAGAAGCCGACAAGCACAUUUUCACAGAAACCAUCAGGAGAUACCUUUCCUUCUUAGAAGGUGCUAGAGUAAGCAUUGAGGGAACAGUUAAAUUGAAGACGAUAAGCCAUGUGGAUUUUAACAAACUGCAGACUUUUGAAGAAGUGACAGCCGUAGCAGGCAAUUCAGAAACUGUUCAUCAGCUAGAGGACGUGCUGAUGAUAUGGUACAAACAGAUUGAACAGGUACUUAUUGAGAGUGAGCAGAUGCGGAAAGAAGCUGACGACUCAGGCCCGCUCACGGAAUUGGAGCACUGGAAACGCAUGUCAGCCAAAUUCAAUUACAUCAUCGAGCAGAUUAAGGGACCCAGUUGUAAAGCUGUCAUUAAUGUGUUAAAUGUCGCACACUCCAAGUUGUUAAAGAACUGGCGUGAAUUGGAUGCAAGAAUCACUGAUACAGCAAACGAAUCAAAAGACAAUGUCAGAUAUUUAUACACGCUGGAAAAAGUAUGUCAGCCUCUCUAUAACUAUGACCUAGUGUCCAUGGCACAUGGGAUACAAAACUUGAUCAACGCCAUCAAAAUGAUUCACAGUGUGUCAAGGUAUUAUAACACCUCAGAGAGAAUGACCUCACUGUUUAUCAAGGUCACAAACCAGAUGGUGACCGCAUGUAAAGCGUACAUCACUGAUGGAGGAGUGAGCCACGUCUGGGAUCAGGAAACACCAGCUGUGCUGAAGAAAAUUCAGGUUUGUAUAACGAAAACUUUCAUGUCUGGCCUCGUUUGGUUUUCUGUCUUCAUUCACAAAGCACAGGUGGACUUUGAAAUAAACACUAUUACGGAAAUGAUAACUAUUGUGCAAACAUAUUCAGCCUUGAGUAACUCUACCAUAGAGGGAAUAGAUAUUCUGGCAAUAAAAUUCAAAAAUAUUUAUCAAGGGGUUAAGAAAAAGCAAUAUGACAUUCUGGAUCCAAGAAGGACAGAAUUUGAAACAGAUUUCUUAGAAUUCAUGUCUAAAAUCAGUUCUUUAGAGGUACAGAUUCAGGCAUUUAUGAGUAGUACUUUUGGAAAAAUCUUAUCGUCUCAGCUGGCUCUUCAGCUUCUCCAACGGUUCCAGAAGCUGAACAUUCCCUGCCUUCAAUUAGAAAUAAACCACACAAUUGAGCGGAUUCUUCAGUGUUACGUAGCUGAACUUGAAGCUACUAAGAAGCUUUAUCAUUCUCAAAAAGAUGACCCCCCUCUUGCUCGCAACAUGCCUCCGAUAGCAGGAAAAAUUCUGUGGGUGAGGCAGCUCUACCGCCGGAUCAGUGAGCCCAUCAACUAUUUCUUUCAAAACUCAGAUAUUUUGUCGAGUCCGGAAGGUAAAGCUAUCAUCCGUCAGUAUAACAAAAUUUCCUAUGUCCUGGUGGAGUUCGAGGUGGUGUAUCACACGGCCUGGGGCAAAGAGAUUUCACAGCUACAGUAUGCUUUACAAGCCACACUUUUUGUGCGACAUCCGGAAACGGGGAAGCUGUUGGUUAAUUUUGAUCCCAAAAUUUUGGAAGUUGUGCGGGAAACCAAAUGCAUGAUAAAAAUGAAGCUGGACGUGCCAGAACAGGCAAAGAAGUUGCUAAAAUUGGAAAGUAAAUUGAAAGCAGACAAACUGUACUUGCAGGUGGAAUCUGUGUUGAGACAAGGACUCACCAUAUUAACAUGGUCAUCUUUAACCUUGGAAAGCUUCUUUCAAGAGGUUGACGCCGUUUUGGAUAUGUUCAAUCAACUACUAAAGCAGGUCAGUGACUUGUGUGAAAUGCAUAUUGAUACAGUACUAAAGGAGAUCGCCAAGACAGUGUUAAUUUCCCUGCCGGAAAGCGGUGCUACCAAAAUUGAAGACAUGUUGGCCCUCAAUGAGACAUGCACAAAAGAAUGGGCUGAAAUUUUAAACCACAAAAGCAAGCAUGUAGAAGAAGCUGUCAGAGAACUAAUAUCAAUAUUUGAGAAGAUCUAUGACGUGAAGAACAGCAGAAAAGCUGCCAAGGAGUCAGAACAGCGGAAACAUGUUGUUUUUGGAAGUGAAACAGAGGAGGGCGAGGGUACCGAAUUUGAUGCCAAUAUCAGGAGUGAAGAUGCUAAUGAUAAAGAAGAUGAAUUUAAAAAGGAAUGUAAAGAAGUCUUCGCUUUUUUCACUCAUCAGCUGCUAGAUAGUCUUCAAAAAGCCACACGGUUAUCUUUGGACACAAUGAAAAGAAGAAUAUUUGUGUCAAGCCAUUUUGGACGAAAGCGGUCAGAAGAUAUCAUUUCCUUUAUCAAAUCUGAAGUACACCUGGCAAUUCCUAAUGUGAUCAUGGUUCCUAGUUUGGAUGACAUUCAGCAGGCCAUCAACCGUAUGAUCCAGCUAACACUGGAGGUCAGCCGAGGCGUGGCUCACUGGGGACAGCAGCAAGUCCGUCGCAUUAAGUCAGCCAUUGUUAGUCCGAACCGAACCCUGACGGACGUGACCCACAUCAGCACGGGAAAGCAAGCCAAGAAAGAAGACAAAUCGUAUGAAGAAAUCCCCGCGAGGAAACUGAAGAACUUCUACCCGGGAGUGGCGGAGCACAAGGACAUCUCUAAGCUGGUGCUCCUCCUCUCCUCCUCCGUGAACUCCCUGCGGAAGGCGGCGCUCGAAGCCCUGCAGGACUUUCAGAAGUACAAGACUCUUUGGACAGAGGAUCGAGACGUGAAAGUGAAGGAAUUUUUGGCAAACAACCCCUCUCUGACUGAAAUCAGAUCAGAAAUCCUGCACUAUGCCACUUUUGAACAGGAGAUCGACGAGUUGAAGCCCAUCAUUGUUGUGGGUGCGCUGGAGCUGCAUACAGCGCCAAUGAAAUUGGCCUUAUCGAUUGAGGCUAAGGCCUGGAAGAUGCUGCUUUGUCGCUAUUUGAAUGAAGAGUACAAAAAGAAGAUGUCGGACAUGAUAGCAUUUAUCAACGAAUACUUAAAGAAGUUAUCUAGGCCUAUCCGUGAUUUAGAUGAUGUCAGAUUUGCCAUGGAAGCCUUGUCUUGUAUCCGUGAUAAUGAAAUCCAAAUGGACAUGACUUUGGGGCCAAUUGAAGAAGCCUAUGCUAUUUUAAACAGAUUUGAAGUAGAAGUAACCAAAGAAGAAUCAGAAGCGGUUGAUACUUUGCGAUAUUCUUUCAACAAAUUACAGAGCAAAGCUGUUUCUGUGCAAGAUGAACUAGUUCAAGUGCAGCCAAAGUUUAAAAGUAAUUUACUCGAAUCCGUGGAAGUGUUUCAGGAGGAUGUACUGAACUUUGCAGAGUCUUAUGAUAAGGAAGGACCCAUGGUUCCAGGUAUACCACCCCAAGAAGCUAGCAACAGACUACAGAUCUUUCAGGCCAAUUUUGAUGAUCUGUGGAGGAAAUUUGUUACGUAUUCAUCUGGUGAACAACUUUUCGGAUUGCCUGUGACUGACUAUGAAGUUUUACACAAAACCAGAAAGGAACUGAACUUGCUGCAGAAGCUGUAUGGACUGUACGACACUGUAAUGGGCAAUAUUAGUGGUUAUUAUGAGAUGCUCUGGAGUGAUGUAGAUAUUGAGAAAAUUAACGCAGAGCUUCAGGAAUUUCAAAACAGAUGUCGUAAACUCCCCAAAGGACUUAAAGAUUGGCAAGCGUUCUUGGAUCUCAAGAAAAGAAUCGAUGAUUUCAGCGAGUCGUGUCCUCUUCUGGAAAUGAUGACCAACAAGGCCAUGAAACAGAGGCAUUGGGAUCGCAUCUCUGAGUUAACUGGAACCCCUUUUGAUGUGGAAUCAGAUUCUUUUUGUCUUAGAAAUAUUAUGGAAGCUCCACUCCUGAAGAAUAAGGAUGACAUCGAGGAUAUUUGCAUAUCUGCCAUUAAGGAGAAGGAUAUUGAAGCCAAGCUGGCUUUGGUGAUUGACAACUGGACCAACCAGAACCUGAGUUUUGCAGCAUUUAAAGGGAAGGGCGAGCUGCUACUCAAAGGAACGGAGUCUGGAGAAAUUAUCACCUUGAUGGAGGAUAGCUUAAUGGUCUUAGGGUCCUUACUAAGCAACAGUACAAGUUGUCAGGUGGCCCGCCAGUUUCAGACCACCCAUUACCCCAGUGGCUAUUCUCUGAAGUCCAGGGAAGCAAAACGUUUUCAGAAUAUUGACAAGUCGUGGAUAAAGAUAAUGCAGCGAGCGCAUGAGAACCCCAACGUGAUCAGUUGCUGUGUCGGCGAUGAGACUAUGGGGCAGCUGUUACCUCAUCUACACGAACAGUUGGAAGUGUGUCAGAAGUCACUAACAGGGUAUUUGGAGAAGAAGCGAUUACUAUUUCCCAGAUUCUUCUUUGUAUCUGAUCCAGUUCUCCUGGAAAUUCUGGGGCAAGCCAGCGAUUCCCACACCAUACAGCCGCAUCUCCCAGCAGUCUCUGACAACAUCAACGAAGUGACCUUCCAUCCCAAAGAGUACGAUCGGAUCAUGGCCGUCAUUUCAAGGGAAGGAGAAAAAAUUAUGCUGGAUGUCCCUGUCAUGGCCAAGGGCCCCGUAGAGAUCUGGCUUUUCGAUUUGCUAAAGAUGCAGAUGUCAUCCCUCCACAACAUCAUCAGGUCAGCGUACUAUCAAAUCAGCGACACGGGAUUUCAACUCCUACCUUUCCUGAAUCACUUUCCAGCACAGGUUGGGCUUCUCGGAAUUCAGAUGUUGUGGACACAUGAUUCAGAAGAGGCUUUAACUAAUGCAAAAGACGACAGAAAAAUCAUGCAAAUGACCAAUCAGAAAUUUCUGGACAUUCUAAAUACUCUCAUCGGUCAGACAACACACGACCUAUCCAAGUUUGAUAGAGUGAAAUUUGAGACGCUGAUUACCAUCCACGUGCAUCAGAGGGACAUUUUUGAUGACUUGGUAAAAAUGCAUAUCAAGUCGAUUACAGACUUUGAGUGGCUCAAACAAAGUCGAUUUUAUUUUAAGGAAGAUUUGGACCAAACGGUGGUGUCCAUUACAGAUGUCGAUUUUAUUUACCAAAAUGAGUUUCUGGGCUGCACUGACCGUCUGGUUAUCACACCCUUGACAGAUAGGUGCUACAUCACGUUAGCCCAGGCGUUGGGUAUGAACAUGGGCGGUGCUCCAGCAGGACCAGCAGGCACUGGCAAAACAGAAACUACCAAGGAUAUGGGACGGUGUUUGGGGAAAUACGUGGUUGUGUUCAACUGCUCAGAUCAAAUGGAUUUCAGAGGCCUAGGGAGGAUUUUUAAAGGUCUUGCACAGUCCGGUUCCUGGGGAUGUUUUGAUGAGUUUAACAGAAUCGAAUUGCCCGUGCUGUCAGUGGCCGCCCAACAAAUAUACAUUGUGUUGACUGCAAGAAAAGAGAGGAAAAAACAGUUCAUUUUUUCCGAUGGCGACUGUGUUGACUUAAAUCCAGAAUUUGGGAUCUUCUUAACGAUGAACCCUGGAUAUGCUGGGCGCCAGGAACUGCCAGAAAACUUAAAAAUCCAGUUUAGAACUGUUGCGAUGAUGGUUCCGGAUAGGCAGAUCAUUAUGCGAGUUAAGCUUGCAAGCUGUGGUUUUCUUGAAAAUGUAAUCUUGGCUCAGAAAUUCUAUGUUCUUUACAAACUCUGUGAAGAGCAACUGACAAAACAGGUUCAUUAUGAUUUUGGGCUGAGAAAUAUUCUGUCCGUGUUGAGGACCCUUGGAGCGCAAAAGAGAGCCAGACCGGAAGACAGUGAAUUAAGCACAGUCAUGAGAGGACUAAGAGACAUGAACCUUUCCAAACUGGUUGACGAAGAUGAGCCCCUCUUCCUUAGCUUGAUCAACGAUCUGUUUCCAGGGCUGCAACUAGAUAGCAGCACGUAUGUGGAGCUACAAGCUGCAGUUGCCAACCAGGUGGCAGCAGAAGGUUUGAUUAACCAUCCCCCCUGGAACCUCAAACUUGUGCAGUUAUACGAGACCUCUCUGGUCCGGCACGGCUUGAUGACCCUCGGGCCCAGCGGGUCUGGGAAAACGUCCGUUAUCACCAUCCUGAUGAAGGCCCUGACGGAGUGCGGCAGGCCGCACAGAGAAAUGCGAAUGAAUCCAAAGGCCAUCACCGCGCCCCAGAUGUUUGGCAGACUGGACACGGCCACCAAUGACUGGACAGAUGGGAUUUUCUCUACUCUGUGGAGAAAAACGUUAAAAGCCAAGAAAGGUGAAAACAUUUUCCUCAUCUUAGACGGCCCUGUCGACGCCAUUUGGAUUGAGAAUUUAAAUUCUGUGCUGGACGACAAUAAAACCCUCACCCUGGCGAACGGGGAUCGCAUCCCCAUGGCCCCCAACUGUAAGCUUCUGUUUGAGGUCCACAACAUCGAGAACGCCUCUCCGGCCACCGUGUCUCGGAUGGGCAUGGUCUACAUCAGCAGCUCCGCGCUCAGCUGGAGGCCCAUCUUGCAGGCAUGGUUGAAGAAGCGCACCCCACAGGAAACCUCUGUGUUCCUUAAUUUGUAUGACAAAAUAUUUGAGGACGCGUAUACAUUUAUGAAACUAAACCUCAGUCCAAAAAUGCAGCUCUUAGAGUGUAAUUAUAUUGUGCAGUCUCUGACUCUCCUGGAAGGUUUAAUACCAUCCAAAGAAGAAGGCGGGGUCUCUUGCAUUGAGCACCUUCACAAGCUGUUUGUGUUUGGCAUCAUGUGGAGUUUGGGAGCCCUUCUGGAACUGGAAAACAGAGAAAAGCUUGAAGCCUUCUUACGUAGCCACCAGAGCAAGAUCAGCUUGCCAGAAAUACCUAAGGACACGGCGUACACCAUGUAUGAGUUUUUUGUGACUGAUUAUGGUGAUUGGGAGCAUUGGAAUAAGAAAGUCCUGCCAUACUACUAUCCAACCGACAGCCUUCCUGAGUAUUCUUCGAUUUUGGUUCCGAAUGUUGAUAAUGUUAGAACAAACUUUUUGAUAGACACCAUUGCAAAACAGCAUAAAGCUGUUCUGCUCACUGGGGAGCAGGGAACUGCAAAAACAGUGAUGAUUAAGGCCUAUUUGAAAAAAUAUGAUCCUGAAGUACAGCUGUCCAAAUCUCUAAACUUUUCAUCUGCCACAGAGCCAAUGAUGUUUCAGAGAACAAUUGAAAGCUAUGUGGAUAAGCGGAUGGGAAGCACAUAUGGGCCACCUGGCGGAAGGAAAAUGACUGUAUUUAUUGAUGAUAUUAAUAUGCCUGUGAUUAAUGAAUGGGGAGAUCAGAUCACGAAUGAAAUCGUGCGGCAGAUGAUGGAAAUGGAUGGCAUGUAUAGCUUAGACAAGCCCGGAGACUUCACCACCAUCAUCGACGUGCAGCUCAUCGCCGCCAUGAUCCACCCGGGAGGUGGUCGCAAUGAUAUCCCACAGCGCUUAAAAAGACAGUUUACCGUGUUUAAUUGCACAUUGCCUUCAAAUGCUUCCAUCGACAAGAUUUUUGGGAUCAUUGGCUGUGGAUACUUUGAUCCUUGCAGACAUUUCAAGCCUGAAGUAUGUGAGCUAAUUGGGAAUUUAGUCUCAGCGGGCCGAGUGCUGUGGCAGUGGACUAAGGUAAAGAUGCUGCCAACUCCUUCCAAAUUCCAUUACAUCUUCAAUCUCCGAGAUCUGUCCCGAAUUUGGCAAGGAAUGUUAGUGAUAAAAGCUGAGGAGUGUGAUUCCGUCGCUACUCUCCUGUCACUUUUCAGGCAUGAGUGCAACAGAGUGAUUGCAGACAGAUUUAUCACUCCUGAAGAUGAGCAGUGGUUUAGUGUACACCUUACUCGUGCUAUUGAAGAAAAUGUGAACUCAGAGGCGGUGUCCAAUAUGGUCCAUGAACCAUACUUCGUGGACUUUCUCCAUGACAUGCCAGAACCGACGGGCGAUGAACCUGAAGACACUGUCUUUGAAGUUCCCAAAAUCUAUGAACUGGUGCCGAACUUUGAAUUCCUCUCAGAAAAGCUCCAGCAAUACCAGAGACAGUUCAAUGAAAUCAUUCGAGGAGCCUCGCUCGACCUGGUGUUUUUCAAAGACGCAAUGACUCAUCUGAUCAAGAUUUCUCGGAUCAUCCGAACAUCAUGUGGAAAUGCGUUGCUGGUGGGCGUUGGUGGCUCAGGAAAGCAGAGUCUCUCACGGCUGGCCUCCUUUAUAGCUGGCUAUCAAAUAUUCCAGAUCACAUUAACCAGGUCUUACAAUGUGAGUAACCUAACAGAGGACUUAAAGAGUCUGUACAAAGUUGCUGGCGCUGAUGGGAAAGGCAUCACCUUCAUCUUUACUGACAAUGAAAUAAAGGACGAAGCUUUCUUAGAAUAUCUGAACAACCUGCUAUCUUCAGGGGAGGAGAAGCAGUACAGUCUUGAUAAGUUGAUGGAGGCAAGUGAAUCUGUUGCUAAACUCUCUCAGGAGCUUGCGGUGAAGGAGAAGGAAUUGGCCGUGGCUUCUGUAAAGGCUGAUGAAGUCUUAGCGGAAGUCACGGUCAGCGCUCAGGCCUCGGCCAAAGUGAAAAACGAGGUCCAGGAGGUCAAGGAUAAAGCCCAAAAAAUUGUGGACGAAAUUGAUACCGAGAAGGUGAAAGCUGAGAGCAAGCUGGAGGCCGCUAAACCUGCGCUGGAAGAGGCCGAGGCAGCGCUGAAUACGAUCAAGCCAAAUGAUAUUGCCACGGUCAGGAAACUGGCGAAACCCCCACACCUAAUUAUGAGGAUCAUGGACUGCGUUCUGCUACUGUUUCAAAAGAAAAUUGACCCUGUUACUAUGGAUCCGGAAAAGCCUUGCUGCAAGCCAUCCUGGAGCGAAUCAUUAAAAUUGAUGAGCGCGACGGGGUUCCUGUUCAGCCUGCAGCAGUUCCCCAAGGACACCAUCAACGAAGAGACUGUUGAGUUGCUGCAGCCGUAUUUCAGCAUGGAUGACUACAGCUUUGAGAGCGCCAAGAAGGUCUGCGGGAACGUGGCCGGUCUGCUGUCGUGGACACUGGCGAUGGCCACGUUCUAUGGCAUCAACAGGGAAGUGCUGCCCCUGAAGGCUAACCUGGCAAAGCAGGAGGGCCGUUUGUCAGUUGCCAAUGCUGAAUUAGGUAAGGCGCAGUCACUGCUGGAUGAGAAGCAAGCCGAGUUGGAUAAAGUACAAGCAAAAUUUGAUGCGGCAAUGAAUGAGAAAAUGGAUCUGCUCAAUGAUGCCGACAUGUGCCGGAAGAAGAUGCAGGCGGCAUCUGCUCUCAUUGACGGACUGAGCGGUGAGAAAGUCCGAUGGACUCAACAAAGUAAAGAGUUCAAAGCUCAGAUUAAUAGACUCGUUGGUGAUAUUCUGCUAUGUACGGGAUUCCUUUCCUACCUCGGUCCUUUCAAUCAGAUCUUCAGGAAUCUCUUGCUGAAAGAUCUAUGGGAGACCGAGCUGAGAGUACGGAGAAUUCCUUUCACUGAAAACCUGAAUAUCAUUUCAAUGCUGGUGGAUCCUCCCACGAUUGGUGAGUGGGGGCUGCAGGGAUUACCAGGAGAUGACCUCUCGAUUCAGAAUGGCAUUAUUGUGACAAAGGCCACCAGGUACCCACUCCUGAUAGAUCCACAAACCCAAGGCAAAACUUGGAUUAAAUCAAAGGAAAAAGAAAAUGAUUUGCAGGUGACUUCGCUGAACCACAAGUACUUCCGCACACAUCUGGAGGACAGCCUUUCCUUGGGCCGACCCCUUCUCAUCGAGGACAUCCGAGAAGAGCUGGACCCAGCCCUGGACAAUGUACUAGAAAAGAAUUUCAUUAAGUCGGGCACCACUUUCAAGGUAAAAGUUGGUGAUAAGGAAUGUGACAUCAUGGACACAUUUAAACUCUAUAUUACGACAAAAUUGCCGAACCCUGCUUUUACUCCUGAGAUCAACGCUAAGACAUCUGUCAUUGAUUUUACCGUUACAAUGAAAGGCCUUGAGAAUCAGUUGCUACGGAGGGUGAUCCUAACGGAGAAACAGGAGUUGGAGUCUGAGAGGGUUAAGCUGUUGGAGGAUGUCACUUUUAAUAAGCGGAAGAUGAAGGAACUUGAAGACAACCUCCUCUAUAAAUUAAGUGCUACGAAAGGGUCCUUGGUGGAUGACGAAUCCCUCAUCGGUGUCCUCCGAACCACUAAACAGACAGCCGCCGAGGUAAGUGAAAAGCUACACGUGGCUGCAGAGACUGAAGUCAAGAUUACUACGGCCCAGGAAGAGUUCCGGCCCGCGGCCACCCGAGGAAGCAUCCUCUACUUCCUCAUCACAGAGAUGAGCAUGGUCAACAUCAUGUACCAGACCUCGCUGGCCCAGUUCCUGAAGUUGUUCGACCAGUCCAUGGCCAGGUCUGAAAAGUCUCCACUCCCUCAAAAGAGAAUCACAAACAUCAUUGAGUAUCUGACGUACGAAGUUUUUACCUAUUCGGUCAGAGGCCUCUAUGAAAACCACAAGUUCCUCUUUGUGCUGCUCAUGACCUUGAAGAUCGACCUUCAGCGAGGGACAGUUAAGCACCGGGAAUUCCAGGCUCUCAUUAAAGGGGGAGCUGCCCUGGAUCUGAAAGCCUGUCCUCCCAAGCCGUUCCGCUGGAUCCUGGACAUGACCUGGCUGAAUCUUGUGGAGCUGAGUAAACUCCCUCAAUUUGCAGAGAUUAUGAAUCAGAUAUCUCGUAAUGAGAAGGGGUGGAAAAACUGGUUUGACAAAGACAGUCCAGAGGAGGAAAUUAUCCCAGAUGGGUAUAACGACUCAUUAGACACCUGCCGUAAACUUUUACUUAUCAGGUCUUGGUGCCCGGAUCGCACUGUUUUUCAAGCAAGAAAAUACAUUGCGGAUUCUUUGGAAGAGAAGUACACAGAGCCAGUUAUCUUAAAUCUGGAGAAAACUUGGGAAGAAAGCGAUACACGAACGCCCUUGAUAUGUUUCCUGUCCAUGGGCUCUGAUCCAACCAAUCAAAUUGAUGCCUUGGCCAAGAAACUGAAGCUGGAAUGUAGAACUAUCUCGAUGGGGCAAGGGCAAGAAGUACAUGCUCGGAAGCUGAUUCAGAUGUCCAUGCAGCAGGGUGGUUGGGUCUUACUGCAAAACUGUCACCUCGGCUUGGAAUUCAUGGAAGAAUUGCUGGAGACGCUAAUUAUCUCCGAAGUCAUCGACGAGUCUUUCCGCGUGUGGAUCACCACCGAGCCGCACGACCGAUUUCCAAUUACGUUGCUCCAGAGCUCCCUCAAGUUCACCAACGAGCCUCCGCAAGGGGUCCGCGCGGGCUUGAAGAGGACCUUUGCGGGCAUCAAUCAGGACCUUCUGGACAUCAGCAAUUUGCCCAUGUGGAAGCCCAUGCUCUACACCGUGGCGUUCGGCGUGUCCUGGAGUACAGUGCGGUACAUGAUUGGAGAAGUACAAUAUGGAGGCAGGGUGACGGAUGAUUUUGAUAAGCGUCUACUGAAUUGCUUUGCUAGGAGAGCCGGUUGUCAUGCCUAUAAGGACAUGAGUGCACUCCUGGUGCCCAGCCUGGGUGGAGUGCACCUUUCCAACGGGGGCUUGCUCUGGAGGUAUCAGAGUAACACCGCAUCUGAUGUUCUUGAAACGAUCACCAACAUUCAACCCAAAGAAAGUGGAGGCGGAGUGGGCGAGACUCGGGAAGCAAUUGUUUACCGAUUGUCCGAAGAUAUGCUGAGCAAACUGCCGCCCGAUUACAUUCCUCACGAGGUAAAAGCUCGCUUGCUAAAGAUGGGGCAUCUUAACUCAAUGAACAUAUUUCUUCGACAAGAAAUUGACAGAAUGCAGAAAGUCAUCACCAUCCUUCGCAAUAGCCUGAGCGAUCUAAAACUGGCCAUCGAAGGGACCAUCAUUAUGAGUGAGAACUUGAGAGACGCCCUGGACAAUAUGUAUGAUGCCCGUAUUCCUCAGAUCUGGAAAAGAGUGUCCUGGGAUUCGUCCACCCUGGGUUUCUGGUUCACUGAGCUUUUGGAAAGAAAUGCCCAGUUUUCCACGUGGAUAUUCGAAGGGCGGCCUAAUGUGUUUUGGAUGACUGGCUUCUUUAACCCCCAAGGCUUUCUCACAGCCAUGAGGCAGGAAGUGACCCGCGCUCACAAAGGCUGGGCCCUGGACUCGGUGACAAUCCACAAUGAAGUCUUGCGACAGACCAAGGAGGAGAUCACGAGCCCGCCUGGGGAAGGCGUGUAUAUUUAUGGACUGUACAUGGACGGAGCCGCCUGGGACAGACGGAACGGGAAGCUCACCGAAUCCACCCCCAAGGUGCUCUUCACACAGCUGCCCGUGUUACACAUCUUUGCCAUCAACUCCACAGCACCCAAGGACCCCAAGCUGUACGUGUGUCCCAUAUACAAGAAACCCCGGCGCACCGACUUGACCUUCAUCACCGUGGUGUACUUGAGAACAGUUCUGUCCCCAGACCACUGGAUCCUGAGAGGAGUGGCCCUUUUGUGUGACAUCAAGUGA